AUGAAGGGAAAGAAGAAAUCUGAAAAGAAAAAAGGUGACAAGAAACUUCCAACUGCUCAGCAAGAAAGUGCCCCAGUUGAUAAUUCAGGUACUUCUUCAGCUCCUCCAGUUGAACCUAAAAAAGCUAUCCCUGAAAAAGCUAAUCCUGAGCAGACUAUCCCAGAACAAACUAUUCCUGAACAAAAUAUCCCUAAACCACCAAAGAAUGAUAAGCAGCCCGAUAGAAAGGGAAAGAAGACGAAAAAAAUAAAGAACCAACCAAAGAAAGCUAGUUUUUUCGGCGGUUUAUUUUCAGCUAAAAGGCUUUUUAUCUAUUAUAUUCUCUCCGUCUUUUUCUGGUGUGAUGGCAAAACUCUCGAGCAAUGCAAUUCAUAUGAGGAAGUCCUCUGUUUUAACGGGAUUUCACAGUAUAUUUUAAAUCAUGAUUAUUUUCACAAAUUUAUCGAACCAAAAAUCACCGUGAUUAAACAAAAUGUUGAGGUCUAUGGAAAACAUGCUUUGGAUACCGCUUCUGUUCAUGCCAAACCUUAUGUCAACCCUAUACUCGAGUCAGCUCAACCUCAUUUACAAACUGCGAGUGAAUUAUCUGUUGAAUAUGUGUAUAUUCCAGUUGCAAAAGGAUUAACUAAAACACGCGAGCUUUAUAAUGAGAACGCUAAAGAUCAUGUGAACAAAUUUUAUCAUCAAGCAGUAAAAUUUAGUGCUCCAUAUGUUAGUCAAGCUCAAGAGCAUACUUCCUAUGCUUAUGAUCAAGCUUUGAAGUACAACAAAAAUAAUGUUCAACCUUGGUACAAUAAAAAGGUCCUUCCUUUUGUAAUUGAUGCUAAAGACAGACUUUUUUUGUUUUACAACACCAAAGUUGUACCCUUUACUUAUCAUACAUUGGAGGUUAUAGAAGAAUUUUAUCACGAAAAAACGGUUCCUUUUUAUCAUACUUAUAUCUCACCUUAUACCUCAUCAGUUUUGAAGUUGAUUCAAAGUGAAGGUCAAUCCAAGGUUAUAACUGAGGAGGAAGUAAAAGCUAAGAAAUCUAAAGAAGCUGCUGAUAAAAAAGCAAAAGUUGAAGCUGAAAGGAAAGCAAAAGAAGAAGCUGUUAAAAGAGCAAAAGUUGAAGCAGAAAGGAAGGCUAAAGAAGAGGCUGAUAAAAAAGCAAAGAUUGAAGCCGAAAGGAAAGCUAAAGAAGAAGCUGAUAAAAAAGCAAAGGUUGAAGCCGAAAAGAAAGCCAAAGAAGAAGCCGAUAAAAAAGCAAAGGCUGAAGCAGAAAGAAAAGCCAAAGAAGAAGCCGAUAAAAAAGCAAAGGCUGAAGCAGAAAGGAAAGCCAAAGAAGAAGCCGAUAAAAAAGCAAAGGCUGAAGCAGAAAGAAAAGCUAAAGAAGAAGCCGAUAAAAAAGCAAAAUCCGAAUCUGAAAGGAAAAAAAAGGAAGCAGCCGAUAAGAAGGCUCAAGAGGAAGCUGCUGGGAAAGCAGCUAUCGAAGCGGUUAAUAAAGCUGUUCACGAUGCUUAUAAUAGAGAAUAUGAAAUUGUUGAGAAAAAUCUUACUCAGACUCUUGAUAUUUACGAAAAGGAGGCCACGUCCGUCUCACAAGAACUCCUAAAGGAGGUUGAGGAUAGAAUCUUGACUUUAAGUAACGCUGGAUCCGAACAUCUUGCCAAACUUAAAAAAUUCGUAGAACAAAUUAAGAAGGAUAAUACAAAAGAUGAUAAAACUACCAACAGAGAACGUAUUAGCAAACUGGUUGAUGAUAAACGAGUAGAUGAAAGAUUAAUAUCUGAAAUUAAUAUGGCAUUUAGUAGUCUUAUGGCGGAGUUUAAUGGAAAUAAGAAUGAAGCUUCAUUAAGAGUUCGGGAAAUUUUUGCUAAAAUUAGAAAGAAGAUAACUCUUUUGGAAACUACAAGGGAUGAUCUUAUUAAAAAUAUUAAAGAUUACGUUAAAAUGGAAAAAGAAAAUUUAAAGAGUGAUGCUAACGAAGUAACAACCAAAGAGCAUGGAACGGAUAAUAAAAAAGAUUCAGAUGUAAAAUCAGAUUCUAAGAUAAUCGUUCAAAAUGACAAUAAGAACGAUGAUCAAAUACCAGUUCAAGUAGAGGAAAAAUCUUCAGUUGAAGAAAAAUCUUCAAAUAUUCCUCCGGUUACAAUUCAGAUAUCGAGCGAUCCUGUUUUAGGAAAACUCAAGGCUCGACGGGAUCUGGUGUUAAAUAAAUUAAAAGAGGGAUAUAAAUUGUUUAAAGCUAAUAAAGGUAGUCGAACUUUCAUACUAUCACGGAUGUAUAAUAAUGCUCGUAGAAGUUUUCACCGAGACACUUCUAAUAAUCAACCAUUCGGUUUAUUAACCAUACCUACGACCGAAUCGAUAUUGAAUUCUACUAAUUUACUUCCUACAAAAUCAUUGAUCCGAUCAUCAUAUGUCAAAAGAAAUGUUGCUUCGCUGGGGAAAACACAAGGGAGAUUGGUUAUACUUGGAUCUGGAUGGGCAGGCAAGUCGAAAAUGAAAAUCGACCGCAUGUUAUUGAUUCGAAAAAGUAAAUUAAUUAUUCUGUUAUUUAUAGGGUAUAAAUUGAUCCAAGAUUUAAAUACUGAACAUUAUGAAACUAUUGUUGUUUCUCCAAGCACGCCAUUACUUGCGUCAUCAUCUGUGGGCACUUUAGAGUUCAGGUGCAUAAUGGAACCUAUUAGGAAGUAUUCUCCUAAAAUCCAAUAUUACCAGGCUUAUGCGGAUACCAUAAACCUUAAGGAAAAAAUAAUUCAUUGUACCUCUAACCUUGAACGCAACAAAGACAAGUUCUCUCUUAAUUAUGACACUUUGGUUAUAUCUGUCGGUGCAAAUUCUAAUACCUUUGGUAUUAAAGGAGUUGGAGAAUAUGCAUUAUUCUUAAAGGAUGUUUCUGAUGCUCGCAGAAUACGUCAAAGGGUGAUUGAAUGUUUUGAACAUGCAAGUCAACCAAAUGUCACAAAUCAAGAAGCGUUCGGAUUGUUGCAUUUUGCUGUCGUUGGUGGAGGUCCAACUGGUAUUGAAUUCAGCGCUGAGCUUCACGAUUUUAUUACAGAAGACAUGGCUCGUUUAUAUCCGGAUUUGAUGAAUUUAGUAACAAUGACUAUAUAUGAUAUAGCACCUCAGAUUCUCGGUUCCUUUGAUAAAUCUCUCAGAGAUUUUGCCACUAAAAAGUUUACAAGAAAAGGAAUCCAGAUCAGAACAGGACGUAGAGUUAAAGAAGUAAAUGAACGUAAAAUCGUUAUUGAAGAAGAUGGAGAAAUACCCUACGGAAUGUUAGUUUGGUCAACUGGAUUAACCGAUAAUCCACUGACACGAUCUAUGGGCGAUCAAGUUAUGAAAGAUAAGUCAGCAAAAAGACUCUUGACCGAUAAUCUCCUAAGAGUUUUAGAUAAAGAAACAGGUCAACCUAUAGAUAAUGUUUACGCUUUAGGUGAUUGCGCGACAAUCAAAGAUAAUGAUCUCCCUUCUACAGCUCAAGUUGCUAACCAAAAGGCCGUGUAUUUGAGAAAAUCUCUAACUAAAAUUGCUAAUAGCGGUGGUUCGAUAAUAGGUAUAAAACCUUUUAAAUUCUUUAAUCUCGGGAGUAUGGCAUAUAUUGGAAAGAAAGAAGCUGUCGUUGAUAUGACACCUGUAAGUAAUAAGGCUAAGGAAAGUGGCACAUUAGCAUGGAUAUUUUGGAGAUCUGCAUACUUUACCAUGACGCCCGAUGUAUUGGCUAUUAACAUGGUUGUUUGGAAGGGAUAUAAGUAG